AUGGGUGCCGGGCUUCCGCGUCACCAUUGGCCACCGCACAAGCAUUUACACCCGCAGAUUGCCAGAUGCCUUCACACGCGCGUGGUACGCUGGUCGAGGAGCUACGAGCACGGCUCUGCCGGUGCCACUGCGAAGACCGAGUUGUUUCGAUUUAGCUGGACGCUCCUGUUCGUGGAGGAGCCCGACCGCUAUUUCGGCAAUGUGUGCGAGCUGGACACCAUCUUCAACCCCCACAAGGCGUAUUACAUUGAGGACGAGCUGUUCACCGGCUACUCCCGGCAGGAGUUGAGCAAGGAGGCGAUCUUGCGCAUCUGCGCCCGCCUAAGCUACGUGCCCCCACCGCUGUCGACUUCACAGCGAAUGUCCAAGCGCGAUGCCGAAGGUGGAAACAAGCGGCAGGGAGGACGCCAAGAGCACGACAGGGACAGCGGGGUGUGGCAAGACUCCAAGAACGACAGAUACAACGGCGGCUUGAAGCAUGGAGUCUUCAUGGUCAGCUGGGUGGUUACGGAGCCCACGAUGCCGUACAUCGACUCGAGUAAGCUCGUCCGCUACGAACACUUCAUCUUGUAUUGGGUUCUCGACCUCGUAUGA